AAAAUGGACAACUUGUUUGACUAUGCGAAGCAGUCGAUUGCUGCUGUGCGUGAGGAGUUCAACGAGGCUUUACGCGAAGCAGAACAAGAUGACUCCGAGUUUGGAGGUGGGCGCAACUCUACAAGGUCUGUUGGGGAAGAGAUUAUGAACAAGAAAGUAAUGUGCCUGGCCGUUGUGCUUCAGGAUUCUCGCAGGGGAAUUAAAUGCUCUUAUUGCGAGGAAUAUAGACCCAGGUCCCAAAAAAAAAAAAUGCUGGUGGCAGCGUGAAUGAAUGAAUGAAAGUAGUAGUGUGACCACUAGAUCUAGAUCGAUUGCUUCUAUCUUUUAUUCGCCUGGUAGUUAUCUACAACAUAUGAAAGAUUAGAUGUUUGCGCUGCUGUUGAAGAUGUAUGGUUCUGGUAUUUGGUAACCUGAUAAUUGGAUCACAAGGAUUCUCUUCUUGUUUUCCUUAUGAUCAAAGUCAGGCUAUACCAAAUACCAGAGCCAUUCAUACAUAAGAAAGAUUAACUGUUUGCGCUGCUGUUGAAGAAAGACUGAAGUCUACUUCUUUUUUCAAAUAUUUUCGAUUUCAGGUUGCACCUCUAAUGUAAAAGGCGGCCUUACAAGCACCGCCUGGACAAGGACGACUGGGUCAUCUGGAGGUGUACCUGGAACCGGAUCAGGAGCAAGAACUGACAAGCAUCCACCGUUAGCGGCACAUCCAACGUCAGCUACUGCAGGUGCGGCUGCACCGACAAAACAAGAAGAGAUGCCACCUGUGGAGUUGGGUUUUUCGAAACUGGCGGAAGCUAUUCAAGGCGGCAUCAAAGACAUCACGGGUGACAUCAAUCCAGAGCAAAUAAUGUCUCAGGCAGCUAGUACACUGGCCCAAGCCCAAACUCAUAUUCUGAGUCCACGAGAUCUGGGGACAGCUUCUAGUAUGGGGCCAGGGAGUGGAGUGUCCUCAGGAGGUGCUAGAAAUGCUCAAAGAGAGGCAGGUCAUCCUUCUAGUGGAUCAUCAAUGGGCGUUUCAUCUGCGCCGAAUGGUCCUACAACAGCUUCUACGAGUCCAAGGAGUGGAGCUGGAGGCAACAAACGUGGCCCAUUGUUUGGCGGCCCAGCUAAGGCAACAGAUGCGGCAAUAAGUAGUGAUGCUCAGAUAAUGGCCAACUUGGCCAGACUAAAUGCGUCGCCUCAAAGAGAAGCUGCGCCAGUAGUUGCACCUGGAGGUGGGUCUGCGACUCCCGCCCAUCUUCUUCGCUCAUCAAGCACUAACUCACCGGCGAUAAAUAUGACGAAAGUGCCAAAUGUGCAAUCUGCUGGUGCGGUGCCUUUGGUGAAUAACAUUGCUCCGCCUCCAAUACAGAGAGAUAUAACUGCUAGUACAGAAGAACAACAACAGCGGCCUUUUCCACCUCCAGAUCAACCUCUAGCUCCAGCAAAGACGACCACAACGACUAGUACGACAGUAGCUGGCGGCACAGCAGGAGGUGGCCCAAGCAACAGUAGGAGUCAAGCAUCAGCUGGCUUGAUUAGUGAUGCGCCUACCGCUUCUGCUAGCUCGUCUUCAGCACCUGCAGCACAUCCUUUAGGUGCCUUGUCAGCGUCUGCUCGUUCGCAACAAGGCUCCUCAUCUUCUUUAGGUGCACAGAGCACAACAUCUUCUAGUGCAGGAGCUGGCGUUGGAGUUGGCGGGAAAAACUUGUCCGAUUUCGACCCUGCAGCCAGAUUAGGCGGCGGUCGUGAGCCUCUCGUCCCGAAUCGCGAUCCUCUACCCAGUGGCAUUGAUUUCAGCACGCCGCUUCCCCCACUCCCACCGAUGCCGCAACAAGACACUGCAGCUAGCAAGCCUCCCUCAGUAGUUCAGCCAGUUGGCGCGAACACUUCCAGUCCCAUGCCAGCCAGUGCUCUCCACGGCGCAAACAACCCAAAUAUCUUCUCCUCCUUACAACAAAUCGGCUCUGCUGCUCAGCAAGCGAUAUCAGAAGGCGUGACUCAGGUGCAGAAGCAACUAGUCGAGCAAAAUGCGCAGAGUAGCACACAGCAACUCGAAACGACCAUCGCGGGAAUCGCAAUGUUAAGAACGAGAACUUCUACAGAGUCACUUUCAACCAGAAUCUGAGUGAAGAGCUGCUGGCGCAGUGUAGACAGUAGAGGUAGGUGUCUGUUAGAAAUAGAACCUCGUCUCCUCCUCUUCAUUCUCUAAUGCGAACAGACCAUCGUGGUAUUGUCACGCUGGACCUGCAGAUAUACAUGCAGAUUCUACUAGCAAUGCGUAUCCUGCCGGAAGAACAUCGAACGACCUUGAUGGAACAACUGACCAGAACGGAUCCUGGCGGAGAGUACUUUUUGCUGAUUUUGUAUCACUAAUAGCCUUUAGUUAGUAGUGUAGCUUCAGCUUAUGCUUAUCAAUGAUUUAUAAUACAUCCUAAUAGGGUAGCAUCCAUUUUUCAACUUCUUCAAGUGAAUUUUUACACAUACACCGUAGCACGAUGUUUUUUUAGUCUUGCUAACUAUGGCAGCUAAGGAGAAUGUUCUUCAGCGUCUCAUGCUCUUUUUUCUAGCGCAGACGCUAAAUCUUGAUUUCCACCAGGGAUAUCGGUCGCGAAGCAGUGCAGUAUCUACUGCUGUAUAUUACGAAGCUGAACCGAAAGCUAAAAAUGAUGCAGAUGGAUAUACAGAGACUCGGAACGGAUCUCUUGUUAUGACUGGGUUUGAUCCACUUGAUGAAGAAUGACAAAACCAGACUCUAUUCUUCACUGACUAGUACUUGAUGAGUCUCUAGUGCCUAGGACUAGGUGUCAUGGUGUCUUUUCAUCCUCCUUGUUGAAAAGUUUGACGGAAAAUGAUAGUAAAAACUUUCUUCUACAACCAUUUUUUUGGUUUUUUCAUCUGCUGUGACAGACUGUGCCUGCUCUCGUUCUCUAACCUUCUCAGCUCAGAGUCAAUUGCAGGAGGCGACUGACACGCGCAAGAAUCAGGAAACCGCUAGACGCUUUCACGAGAGUGAGUUGCUUAGGCAAGAGCUAGAGGCAAAGACCAUCAGAGCCACUGAGCUGGAGCGUUUGCUGAAGGAUAAGGAAGAGGUACUAGUAUAACUCUAAUGUUGCAACAAGCGUACUAUGAGUCGUGACUAUGAGUAUGAUAACGAUAGUCUAUACAUACUUUUCCUAUGGCCAACAUGAUUGGUAGAUUGUACAUGGUAGUUGUAUCGCAAGAUGAAUAUGAACAAAAUAUCUACUCUCAGGGUCAUAAUUCUGCCCUUAGCGUUCUGCAGCAGACAUUUGAGGACUUGACAGUAGAGCACGAGGAGACGCUUCGCCGUUUAGCUGCAUUGCGCAGGGAAACUGGUGGAGGAGGUUUACGGGUGUUGUACACAGAUACUCUCUCAUAGCUGAACAUCAUGUUUUUCUCACGCCUGCUGGCGUAGACUUCUUUCUGUUUGUCAUUCAACAGAACAAGUAAUAUCUUCUCACUAAAAAUAGUAUUAACAAGAUGGCUUUUUGUUUUUUUCAGAUUCAAACAAACUAUGCAUCCAAAGCAAGUCAAACUCUGCUCUUUCUAACUUUUGCGACAUCAUCAUCUACUUCGAUUUCUUCGCCGAGCAGAACAACUUCGAGUCCAGUAUCCUUUGGCGGAACAAUUCCUAGAAUCAAGCCAUCCACGGACGCGACUGCAGGAGGUGAAGAAAAGAGUAAUGCUGGAACUGCACUCUCAGGAGCUGGAGGGGUAUCUUCCGCAACUAUAGCGUCUCCUGGGACCACUGCAGCAGAUCGCGCUAAUCACGAGCAAUUGCAGAAGGAGGUCAAGGGUCUUCACAGGGAUCUAGAACGGCUCCUGCGAGAAAAAGAGGAACACUUUUUCGAGAGGGAAAACUUCGUAGAUCGGCGACUUGUCUUAUCAAUGGCGUCGCAGUUGCAAUCAGAACCAAAACCGGAGCUGAAAGAUCAAAUCCUUCAGCAAAUGAUCGACGUCCUUUGUGUGGAUGAAACGUGGAAAACUUUAGUACCGAAGAGGCCAGUGAGCACGAAGAUUAAGGCCGCAGAGUGAGAGUGAAGAGUGUUUAGUAGCCUUGUUUUACAACUUCUAGCUUUCUUGUUUUAUUCCGUAUGUAAAUGAGUGUCUGUGGUGGAGUGAGUUUUUUCUUUUUGCUGACCUAGGCUGGGGAACAAUAUUAGAAGGAUGAAAAUAUUACUUAGUAAGUUAGUAGUCGCCAAGGUCUGCCGUGCGGUGGCUCUAAUAUCCAUGCUGGUCCAGGAGGCGGCUCCAAGGACAGACCAGUGGUUCUCUCAGAUGCGUUGAUCGACUUUGUUGAUCGUGAAAUCGAGGCAGAUCACGUUGGCUCUAGAGAGCGAGACGAUGCAGGGACGGCUGGCUAGCGAUGACGGAAAGCAAUUUUAGACCAUAGCACGUCAUGAAAAAUCUCGGAUGACGAACACAAUAUCCAUCCUGGUAGUGAUGUUGAAGGUAACCCAAAAGCAAAGACAUGUUUCAAAAACUAAGACAAUGACUCCUCAAUCCAAUAUUGUUAUAAGUCGACAUAUCAUCGACAAACACAAAGCCAACACUCAGCAUGGUCAUGGAAUUGCACACUCAAGCAAAGACUAUAGAUGAGACACCUGAUUCCUAUUUCCUUUUGCUUUUAGUUGUUGUGGAAAAUAUAAAUGAUUCCUUCUCCUGUCUCUGUUGAUGUAAACAAAGACAACGACUACUACAAGAAUUUUUAGUGCCAUCUACUUCUCUCAU